AUGAUCACCUCAGAGGAAGCCCUGCGCUUUGUCCUCAACGCUGCGCAGCGCCUGGAGCCAAUCUCUGUACCCAUCGAAGGAGCUUUGGAACGGGUGCUGGCGGAGGACGUUCGCGCAUGCGACCCCCUGCCCCCAUAUCCGGCCUCCAUCAAGGUACGCCAGUCGGAGCACGGCUGGAGCUUCUUCUUCUUCCUCCCUCUUCCUCUUCUCUCUGCCCAUCCUUUCCUUUGGUAUUCCUGCUCUCCAGAAUAAGGCGCGUGGUUCGCGUGAAAUAUUUUAAACGUCACAAGUAUUGAACGGGGGUUUUUUCCCUUGGUCUCUGUCCGGCAGGGGGAUUUCGAAGGUUCUCCGCGAGGGAUCCAGAUUUUUUACGGGGAGCACUGUCCAUAUCAACCAGGAAGACACUUUUAUUUGGCUGGGAACUAGCUCUUACUGAAUGUAGGAGGGAACCGAGGGGGUUAGUGUCUUUAGGGACCGAGUUCACGUCUGAAUUUCGCCCUUCCUCUUGCAUGUGGAAGGAAUUUUCCUCGGUUGGAUGUAGACGGUUUUAUUGUGGAAUUUUCAGAUGUUGAGAUUCAGAGGUUCUCUCAAUGGAAGCCCUGAUCUCCCGGACUGUGAUCAGAACAUUAGAAAGUGUAGUGAUGCUCUUCUCCAUUUUUGAGGUUUAAAAUUACAAGGACGUGGCUGCGAUUUAAAAAACAAUAAGAAAUGGUCUGCCGCAAAUAAAGUACUCAUAAUUUUUUUUUGGCAAUUUAUGUCUGAAAGAAUCAUCUUCUGUGAUUCCGAACGUGUGGCAUGAAACUUUCUUCUUCUUGACAUUUGACUUGUCGACUCACCUGUCAUUACUUCAUUCGAGUCCUCGCAUGACAUAUGUGGAUGACACCAAAGGGUGUUAAAUGUGCAUGUGCACGGGAUUUGUACUACUUUGUGAAUCUUAUUAUGCACUAGGUGAUGGUUUUAAGGAAGGGUGCUGCUCUGAUGGUGAUUAAUAUUUAGUAAAUGACAGAUAAUAAUUCAUGCAUACAUACGGGGUAAUUCCUAUCUAUUGCACGCAUAUUGGUAUUUUCCUUCUUUUUAUUUAUUUGGGAGGUUCUAAAAUUUGAAGCAUGUUUCUCUAUUAUGCAUUCAUCUGGAUCUGGAAGAUGAUGACUGGUAAACUGGCCUCCAUUUCUGGACGCUUUGUUUGAUUGUUGACACUUUUCUAAACGUUUUGAAUCAUGAAAAUUGAAAAUUUGUGGUGUAUUUUCUAUGAGUCUGUCCUUUAUAAUUGCAUGACCUUGGAAUAUCAUUGUUUUCUUGAAUUUUAAUAGUUCUAGGGAUCCGUUUGGAUUUAAAUUUGCAGAGUCCUUUAUCAAAGAGUAGAUGGUUGUCAGUUAUGUUAAUGAACUUCAAUUCUUCCCAAAAUAAAUAAAUUCGAGGACGGGAACUGAAGCAAUUCUUCUCGCAGGAUGGCUAUGCUGUUGUGGCGUCAGAUGGUCCGGGGGAGUAUCCCGUUAUUACUGAAUCAAGAGCAGGGGAUGAUGGAGUUGGUGUUGUUGUUGUUCCUGGAACUGUUGCAUAUGUAACAACCGGAGGUGAAUUUUCUUGCAACCAUCUGUCUCCUUGUUAAAAUAAUCCUAAUUGAAACUCCUUAAAAUGCUAAUUAUGGCAAUUCCGUGCACAAGAGUCCCAACAACCUUUUUCUCCAUAUUGGCAAUUUUUUUUAGAACUGUGGUUUUCUAACUUGGUUUUAUCUACGUGAAUCUGUUCGUGUUAUAAUGGUAAAUUACAUUUAAGGAACAGCUGAUUCGACCACUCCAUUCGGCCAAAGGAGGUUGUGGCCUAAAAAUUAGGUUAACUUGCUGCUGAAUUGACCGAAGUUAUUUGAUUUAGUAUAGUGCAACUUGAUAAUUCAAGAAAAGAUGUUGAAAAUCAAAAGUACAGGUAUAGAUCGGCUAAAAUCAAGUUCGAGCUCCUUGUUACCUGAGUGCUGAUUUAAUCAUAUCUACUGAGUUUAAAUCGUUCACUAUAUCUAUACGUAAAUUGUUCUCUCAGCUAUUUUAGUAUCUUGGUCUAUCUGGUUCUGCAUAUUUAUAUGAAGCUUUUUGUUGGUAUAGGUUCAUAAAACUCAUUUUUUUGUCUUCCAUCCUUCCACUCUAUUCAUGAGCCAAAUCUAAGUGCGGGAGAGUUAUCAAUGCGUCCUGUGUAGAACAAAUAGAGUGAUGAAAAUAAUGAUGUGUGAUGAAGUUUACUUAAAGUAAUGAUGUGAUGAAAAUUUAUGAUCUCAAGUAUUUCAACUAACUUUAUUUCAUGUCUAUUUUAUUUCAAACUAACUUUAUUUAAUGAUAUGAAUGAUUCACGUGUGUGUGUGUGUGUAUAAAGCAUUACUGUGAUUAUCUGACAAGAUAUGAUAAAGCAUGGAAUUUGGACCCUAAAUGGGAAGUAGACAACGCUAAGAUCUAAAAAAUUCAUUUGCAAAUCCGUUGGCUUCAAAUAAAUUAAUUCUUAGAAGACUAAAAUCGAGAGAGGAGAUGUUGUAAUAUCAUUCCUUGUUUCCUAUGCAGCAAGACAGUAGAUCAGCACCCUCUGUGCCUUACCCAUCCUAGAAGCUAUGAUAUAUCAUAUUGAAAAGCGAUACCAUCAAACGGGUGCACAAUGGACUUAGUUGCAGCAGCUUCACUCAUAAUCAAUUCUACAGGGGGAUGGUUCCCACUGUACCAAAUCAUCAUAUUUGUUGAGAUUUACCCUAUUCUUGUUGUCAGGCGGCUACAUGAAUAUUCUCAUAAUCAUCCGCUAUCAAGCCAUUGCCAAUUUAUUCUUGUCUGCUUGCAAAACUAUUAUUGUUUCCUUCAUCUUCAAAAUUUUCAGUAAACACAUUCUGCAUAGAAGUCGUACAGUGUCUGUCUCUGUAUUUGACACGAUCUGGUUAGUUUUUCUCUAAUCUAUUCAUAUAUUUAUUUGUUUCAUCACUACAUCUCUCUUUUUAGGACCAAUACCUGAUGGUGCCAAUGCUGUUGUGCAAGUUGAAGACACCGAGGAAGUAGAUACUGCGCCAAAUGGAUUGAAGCGCAUUAGAGUGUUGAAAAGGGUCACUGAAGGCUUUCAUAUCCGUCCAGUGGUAUGGUGGUGUAGUUUCUCCCCUAGUUUGCCUCAAUCCUAUUGUCAAAAUUCAUUGAUAGAAGUAUUGUUACACAAUGGAUUAACUUACUGACUUGGUAAACUUAGAUGCAAAUUCAUAAUUCUCUUUUUAUGAAAAUGGUGCUUUAUCAUCCAGUUAAGUUUUUUUGAGUUUAUGAUUACUGUCACACUUUUGGCAGGAAGGUUACUUUUGAAGUGGGCUGUGUCGUUAAAAGAUGCAGGAUUUGGCUGUAGUUUUAAUGUCUAAUACUGUGAAACCUAGUUCAGUUUGUCAAAUUCGAUCUGGUCAAUUAACAUCCCAGUGCAAAUUUCCAACGUUGAGGAAUUGAAACUUUUUAAUGUUGAUAAUAAAAGUUGGAUGCGACAUCUUACUUGUAACAGAAGAAACUUCUUUUGCGAAUAAAAUUCACUGGAAUAGAAAGUUUUUUUCAAGAUAUUGACAAAUUUGGGAGAAUUUGAUAAACUUUUAGCUUUUAUGUUCCAGACCUUAUUACGAUGAUCGUGAUAUUUCAGAAAUGUUUUUCAAAUGCUUCUUCAAGAGGAACAUGUUGCCUUAGUUAUUACUUCUUCCGUAGAUCACCAUAAAAUGGGAGUUUAAUUGGUACACACCAAGCUGUCAUAUCAUCAUAUUUUAAUGCUCUUUGUAGAGCUCCAAUACACUGGUAUUUUAAUCCUCAUAUCACGUCAUAUGGUCAAAACAUAUGUGCAUGCCAAAAACCCUUCAUGUUUGAAUGGCAGUAUUUUCCUUAAAUAGUGCCGUCAGAAAACGAUUGGGUAAUAAAAGAUAUGAAAACUGCAUAGCCUUGUAAACUUUAUCUAUCGGCCCAUACACAUGUCAGUUUGUUCGUGUGAGUUCAUAAAUCCGCAAAUUCGUCCUCGCAUAUAUCUUUGAAACUCUCAAAUAUUCGCAUUCCUGAAAUAACUAUCAUUCCAUUGGAGCAUAGUUAUAACUUCUGGUAUCUCGCUAUUAUUUCUCAACAAUGACGUUUUAUUAUGCUUUAGAAGAAUUAAAUUUGUGCAUGUAUUCAUACUUAGACUUUAAUUGCAUUCAAGCCAGAUGAUCAUACUUUUAUGAAAGUAUGUUUAAAAUAGAGAGUUUUGAAACCAGAUUAACUAGUUGGACUGCAGGGUAAAUUUGCUCACUUGACGUGUUAUUGGUUUAACUGGCCAGGGGUUUGACAUUGAGAAGGAUACGAUCGUGAUGAAGUCGGGCGAGAGAAUAGGAGCUUCUGAGAUUGGGUUACUUGCCACAGUGGGAAUCAUGACAGUGAAGGUGCGGAUUAAGCUGUUUGGUGUGUUAUUAUCACUUUUUUUUUAUUCUUUUUUAACCGACAUCAAGUGGAUGCAGGUCUACCCUACUCCGACUGUUGCAGUACUUUCCACUGGUGAUGAGCUAGUAGAGCCAACAACUCAAAAUCUAAGUAGAGGCCAGGUUCUCUAUCAUUCCCUUCCAUUUGUAGCAUUAAGUGAAUGAUAUUAGGAUUUUGGGGUCUGAUUUUCCUCGUCUUACAUUGCGCAAUGCAUUUGACAUCGUUAAGUUUUGAUGCUUACUGAUUCAUUUGUAGAUCAGAGACUCCAAUCGUGCUAUGCUGCUAGCAUCUUCAGUACAGCAACAAUGCAAAAUAGUUGACUUGGGCAUUGCUCCCGACAGUGAACAGGACCUUGAUAAAGUUCUGAAUGGUGCCAUCUCAUCUGGGAUUGAUAUACUUUUAACCUCUGGUGGUGUGUCUAUGGGUGACAGGGACUUUGUGAAGCCUAUUCUUGAAAGGAAAGGGACUGUUCACUUCAACAAGGUACAUAUAAAUUGCCUUUUCUGUGUGCUCUGAUUUAUACUAUACCCAUCUCCCAUUUCUUCCUGGACGACUUCUUGUGCUGUCAGAGAUUUCUUCUUAAGCAGCGGUUACACAGAUAAAAGGGCAGGCUGUUCCUUUUCUUGUUUGACUUCUAAGUCGUGAGAAUUAUGUUUAUUGGUUUGCCAAGCUUAGAACGGCUGAGAAAAUCAGCAGGAUGUAUCAACCAUUCAAUGCCAACUUUUGUAGGUACAGAACCUUAUCUCAGAGUACAUAGCGGAGAACUUCAUAGAGUAGAUAGCAGUGAGUCGCUGUCGGAGGCUGAGUUUUCAUAAAGGAUAAAACUUGUCAGUUCCGUGAUUCUGCUGUGUGACACAUGUUCUGUCAAUCUGUGUGACAGGUUUCUGUGAUAUUGGUCUAUCUUUCUGUGAUAUUGUAAGUCCUUUGCUUAGUUCUAAGUCCUCGAAGUGCAUAUUUUCCAAUGGUCUGUUGCAUCUAUUUCUUACAUGUCGUUUCGUAGGAAGAAUGCCUUUUGGGAUUACCAUUCAUCAUGCCAUAGUAUCCCACCUUUACUUAAGAGAGAUUUGAAAUUUUGGGUUUUGGCAAAUAACCCUUUUGAAUUUCCCUUCAGUAAUCAUUCUUUUCAUCAGCCAGUUCGGCGUCCAAUUAUUUGUUACACAGAAUUUUCGCAUGAAAAGUAGCCUUUCUGAGGUUAGGUUCAUGUGCUUUAACAUCAGUGAGUUUUGAUAUUUCCAAAGAUAACCUUUCUGCGGUUACCUUUUCUCUUUUACAUUUUUUUUUUGUUGUUGUAUCCUCUUUGGUAAUCAUCAUUGGAUUCCUUUCUGAAUGGAAACUCCCCGAUCUAUUCCACGAAAUUGGCAAUUAGCUUAGGAGGCCGUAAACUUGAUUUUCUUUUGUUUGCUCCUAGUUUGAAUGUGUGAUGAUUGCUAACCUAAUACACUAAAUAUGUGCUGGAACAGGUUUGUAUGAAGCCUGGAAAGCCUCUAAUUUUUGCUGAGAUAUCUGCUAAAACAAGAGAGGGUAAAAGUUCUAAGAAGGUUCUUGCAUUUGGUUUACCCGGAAAUCCAGUGAGCUGUUUAGUUUGCUUCCAUCUUUUUGUUGUCCCUGCAAUUCGUCAUCUUUCUGGCUGGGCUAAUCCUCACAUGCAGAGGUAACUUCCUUGUUAUGUAUUAUUCUAUGCCUUUUACUGUUUUCUUGUAAGGUAGAUAAUAUUAGGAUCGUUCCUUGUGUUGACUUGUAGCUACUGGUCGUAGAAUUUUGUCCCUGUAGGCAUUGCUUUCACGUAAAAAGAUAUGAAUACCAAGUUAAUAUUUGCAUACCCGGUGAUCAUAUUAUUCAAAUUUGAACGAGUCCAUCGUCUGUCUGGAUGUGGUGCUAUCGUAGGCUUUUGUUGUAUCACUACUUUUGAAAGGAAUGUUUGAUGACCCUAAUGUCAAAGAAGCCUUCUUCUGCUGAUCCCCUAAAUUUCGGCACCAGUAAACAACGUAUUUUCCCUGAUUCAAUGUUAUUAUGGUAUUCCAAGUAACAGUAUUCAAUAAAAAACAAGAGAGAUGAAAGCAGUCGAAGGUGUAUCUUACAUUUACAUCAAAGCCCCCUUUAAUUAAAAAUAUAUUAGCCUUUUAAAUAGACAAUUUGAAGACAUUCACAGAAUUGCAACGAUAUUGUAUUUAUUGAGGAAACAACGCCAGAAUCAGCAAAAAAGUGAUGAGCCUGGGGAAUUUCUUACAGCUAUACUUAAUCCCCUGAAUGAAUGAAUAACAAUUCAACUAGCCCUAAAGGUGUAGCAUUACAAAAAAUGUUCUUUAAAUCAAUAUGUGAUCCAAGAAAAGAACCCCAAAAAAAUCAGCAACGCCAUGUUUUGGUAUGUUUAAAAAAACAUCUAGUUCUGAGAUAAUCUAGCAGGACGCCAUGCCCAACUGCUUCCCGUCUGGCUUGGUUGGUUCCAACCAAAAUCUCUGGACCCAAAAAACCUUGUUCUGCUCUAGUCGGUCCCUAGUUUGUUUUUCGAGAGAGAAUUAUGGAGGUGGAUUCAAAACUAGGCCAGAGGUAUAGCACCCUCUUGAAUGCAUGAUAACGUGAUGUAAUAAUACGUAGGGAGAGGCUAGCGUGACUUUAUUGCCAAAAUGCAUUGCCCGACAAUAGAUUAUAUCAAAGCAUGGGUGCAACAUCAUCAUGCACGAUCUAGCAAGGAUACUCUCUUUUGAAAUAUCAAACGAAGAUCUUGAACUCAGAACCACUGAUUUGUCAUUUGCACUUAGCACAGAAUAAUCUAAUCACGCGGAAUAUGUUUUUAUCGUAGGAAGAGAAGGAAAAUGUUUUCAUAGUUCUAUGCCGGUUUCAUUCUUAUCCUGUUUUCUCUUACUUUUAUGCUGAAUCUUGAUGGAAGAUACCCAUCAACAGAGUUCAGGCUCGCACAUCCCAUCCUCUAAGGGCAGACCCAGGUCGCCCAGAGUUUCAUCGUGCUGUAAUUCGAUGGGUAGCUGAUGACGGAUGCGGUCGUCCUGGGUGAGCGCUGUACUUGAUGUCAUGGAUUUCUCUUUUCCCCGUUGGCUUGGGCAGAAAAAUUCUGAAGGAAGAAAUAAUUUCCUGACUGCAGCUUUGUCGCUGAAAGCACAGGAAAUCAAGCGAGCAGCCGCCUACUGAGCAUGAAAACUGCCAACUCCUUGUUAGAGCUGCCUGCUACAGGGGGUGUGCUUGCACCUGGAACUCUGGUCUCUGCCAUAUUGAUCUCAGAUAUUAUUGGUUUUCCUCAGGAGAAGGUAGAAAAAGGCACGGGUUCUUUGCCACCCGCUUUUAGUCAUACUGUCCAAAGGCAUAGUGAGCAUACAAAAGCGGAGCUUGGAUCCCGUGGUGCAGAGGCUAACACAUCCACAAAAGUUGCCAUUCUUACUGUGAGUGACACUGUUGCCUCGGGUGGCGGCCCUGAUAGAAGGUACUGAGUGAUCGCCCCUUCUCAAUUUAUAAACAUCACCUGAGUUUCCCCCCCUCCACAAAUCAGAUCUAUUUCUAUGAGUUGCACCAUUGACACGAGAUGGAUUUUGGAAAAAUCUAUCACCGGUAUGAUUCAAGAAUGAGACAGAUGAUCAGAAACAUGCUGACCCUAUUUUAUUUGUGACUCGAUUCUUUUUCCUCAGUUUAAGGCUUGCGCUGGGUCCUUAUUCCUAGUCAGUCACCCAAUCAUCCUUAAGAUGAUAAGAUUUGAUGGCUGUAGAUUAUAGCGUCAGAUCAAGUAUUCGAAAUUUUUUAUAAAAAAAUUACUCUUCUCCCACGUUAUCUCAAGGCAUAAUGUGUUCUCAUUGCAAGUUUCUGACCUAAUUUUGUGCCAAGUUGAUGGCCCAAAACACAGAAAUUCUAAGCUUUGUUCUAAGAAGAAACUUGACUGUUGUCUGCUAAACUUUCCCUCCUCCCUUCAUGCUUCGGCAAUCUCAUGACACGGCCCAUAUGUUUUCCUCUGAUUGAGUCUGGAGAUACCUUCUGGUACAGUCUGUCUGUAUGUAUGUAUGUAUGUAUGUUCAAGGGUGAAUUCCUUGCUCAAUGUGUUCGCCGGAUGAAUAGUGCCUUCAAAGCAAAAGCAUGCAUCCGGAUACACCCCUUUGGAUCUUUGUUUCAAAGGGGUCACUUUGUUGAUGCUAAACCAAAUAUGGCUGAGUUUCUAUUACUUUUUGCCUAAGAAGGCAAUGCAGUAAAUCUUGUACUCAGUGAACAAGGACUCCCUUUUCUGACUCCCUUUUUUUUCUCUGGAAUUUGAGUAAAUUUGUGAUCCAAUUGUUCAUGAGGAAGUUUCCAUCCGUUGCUCUCUUUGAAUUCCAAGAAUGGAAUCACGUGAUCUUCUUGCUGUUCUUUGGAUUCCGCAGCGGCCCCAGAGCGGUUUCUGUGGUGAACUCCAUGUCUGAAAGGCUCGGGGGAGCAUCUGUAGUCGCGACUUGCGUGGUUCCAGAUGAAACGGACAGAAUCCAGAGCACUCUGCGGCAAUGGUGUGAUAUCGACAAAGUCGACCUCGUCCUAACCCUAGGUGAGAACACUGCCAAAGCUUACGGCAAGUACCCACCAGAUAUCUCCUCCAUCUCUCCCUUCUCACAUUCUCUUCUUUAUCUUUCUCUCCCCCCCUCUCGCUCCUUAUUUUCCCAGGUGGGACUGGCUUCACUCCCAGAGACGUGACCCCGGAAGCCACAAAACCUCUGCUAGAAAAGGAAACUCCCGGCCUGCUGUUCGUCAUGCUCCAGGAAAGCCUCAAGGUAUCCCAUCUUGCUUUCAUCUUCAGGCUGAACGCAGUCUGUAAGAUAUGAGAUCAGAGAUCAAUUUGAAAAACAGAAAUUGAAUUGAAUCGAAUCUGCUUUGCUGUGCCUAGGUCACCCCAUCCGCGAUGCUCUCCCGAGCGGCAGCUGGAAUCAGAGGCUCGACGUUGGUGAGCCCUGCCGGGAAAAAAAAAGGGGAGAGAGGGGAGGGUCUUCCAUUUGAGCGUCUCUGGGAGGGAGGAGCAUCUUUUCGGACUGAUUGAUUGGCUUUGGGUGUUGCUGCAGAUCAUCAACAUGCCGGGAAACCCUAACGCGGUGGCGGAGUGCAUGGAAGCCCUCUCUCCGGCUCUGAAGCACGCCCUGCGGCAGCUGAAGGGGGAGAAGAGGGAGAAGCACCCGCGCCAUGUCCCGCACGCCGAGUCGAAGCCGGCGGACGAGUGGGAGCGGAGUCUCACGGCGGCGCGCGGCGGGCCCGGCUGUUCUUGCUAA